AUGAAGCUGUACUUUGCCUUGAUGGUGCUUCUCUCCAUUUCACUGUUGGCUACUUCAGCUCCUCCAACUUGCUACUCAAGGAUGCUUAACCUAAGCAAAGAAAUCAUGGAUUCCUUUAAUGCGCUGCAGAAUGAGGAGCCCUUGGAGUCCUGUGUGGAGGGACUACCAAAACUUUACUUGGAUAUCCAUAAUUACUGCGUGUUGGCCAAACUACGGGACUUCGUGGCGUCGCCCAAGUGUCGGAAAGUCGCUCGAGUCGGGGCCCUGAAGGACCAGGUGCGGAAGCUGUACACCAUCAUGAACUCGUUCUGCAGGCGGGACUUGGUGUUCUUGUCUGAUGACUGUGAGGUCCUGGAAAACCCCCUCCAAGCUCCCACAACCGUGAGAACCCAAGUGAGGUCAGAGCCAAAAGAAGCGCCCAGGGGGGUUCCAAUUACCCCGGCUGGCAAAACCUCAAGUGGAUAACCGGAUGUGCCCAAUAAGGCUCCUGUUGUGAGUGUGGGUGUGGGUAUGUGUGAAAGUGUGUGAGAGUGUGUGAGAGUGUGUGUGUGAGUAUAUGUGAGUGUAAGUGUGAAUGUGAAUAUGAGUGCAUGUGUUAUGUGAGUGUAUGUGUAUGUGUGCCUGUGUGAGUGUGAGUGUAUGUGAGUGUGUGUGAGUGUGGGUGUGAGUAUGUGUGAAAGUGAGUGAGAGUGUGUGAGAGUGUGUGUGUGAGUAUAUGUGAGUGUAAGUGUGAAUGUGAAUAUGAGUGCGUGUGUUAUGUGAGUGUAUG